AUGGCAUUACAACGAUUUUACAAAGACAUUAAAAGCUCAGGCCAUCUUUAUCUGAGAUCCCCAUCAUCCAUGAUCACUCUAUCAGGAGGUAUGCCGAAUCCAUCACUUUUCCCAUAUGAGAAGGCUACUAUUUUUCUAAAGGAUGGGUCGAAACUUGACUUUGAAUGGAAUAUAAUGCAGCUAGCCCUUCAGUACUCCGCAACGGCAGGAAUUCCAGAGUUAUUGAACUGGUUGAAGGAGCUCCAGAUUAAACUUCAUAACCCUCCAACAGCAAACUAUAGCCCAGAAAAGGGAAAGAUGGAUGUGUGUAUAACCAGUGGUAGUUGUGAUGGCCUUUGUAAGGUAUUUGAAAUGAUUAUCUGCCCUGGAGACAGUGUUCUCCUAGACACUCAUUCCUACCAUGGAGCCAUAUCAGCUAUGAGACCACUUGGUUGCAACCUGAUUGGUAUCCCCAGUGACAAAUAUGGUAUUAUUCCUAAAGCUCUGAAAGAUGUCUUGUCCAAAUGGAAGCCAGAAGAUGCAAAGAACCCGAAGUCCAACAUUCCAAAAGUACUCUAUACAGUUCCAAAUGGUAACAAUCCUACUGGCACAUGUAUGACUACACAGCGCAAGGAAGAACUCUAUCAGAUUGCUCAUGAUUAUGACUUAUUAAUCAUUGAAGAUGACCCCUACUAUUUCCUACAGUUUGAGAAGCCUUGGGCUCCCUCAUUUCUUGCUCUGGAUGUUGAUGGCCGAGUGAUUAGAGCAGAUUCCUUUUCAAAAAUUAUUGCUGCAGGGUUAAGAAUAGGAUUUUUGACUGGGCCAAAGCCCCUUAUUGAAAGAGUUAUUCUCCAUGUUGAGUCUUCAUACUUUCAUGCCAGUACUUUUUCACAGUUUAUGGUUCAUCAACUUCUCGAACAUUGGGGUCACCAUGGACUUCUGAAGCAUACUGAAUGCGUGAAAGAUUUCUAUAAGAAGCAGAAAGAUCUAAUGGUAACUGCAGCAAAUAAAUGGCUAAAAGAUGUGGCAGAGUGGCAUGAACCAGCAGCUGGCAUGUUUCUGUGGAUCAAGGUGAAGGGAAUUUCUGAUUCUUACCGACUUGUGAUGGAAAAAGCCUUGGAGAAAAAGGUAAUGCAGAAAGGUGACUGA